CGCAACAACUUGCGUAUUCUGAAGGACGCCGCAUGCGCAGCCCGAAAUCUGAUCGAGCGCCGUGCUGCUGAAACGAAGUGCAUGCCAGUGGCGUUGUUUCCAAAAUACGUCGGGGAGGCCGAAACGGCCGGACGGUACUUGAGCGACUAUUUCUACACGGAGGCGUUGCCAAAGCGUCCGCAGAUUCAUUGCACCAUCGGGGGCGAGAUAUUACAAUCAUUCGACUGCCUGCUCAUGGCACCAGAGGAUGAAGCGGCAAAAUCGCCGACACUGCUUGAAGCCUUUGUGCAGCUCGGUGUUCCAGUCGUCCGUCUGACGGAAGAAGUGAUCAAUCUGUACGAGAAGAAGGCAAAUUUUGGUGACGAUGGUGCAGCAGAAGAUGCAGCGCGGCCCAGUUUCAGUUCGUCCAUCACUAUCACAAAGUCCUCGAAAGAAAGCAGUGGUACAAGUAAAGCGCACGCAAGCACAGCGCGGGGAAGCGGACUAGUAUUGGCAAUAUCGAAAACAACCGGUAGUAAAUCCAGCGGAAAUCUUCAUUGUGGCAAUCUCCUUCCGCGACGUUUGACACGCGAGAGUUUGUAUGGCUGCCUGAUGAAGAAAUUUCGUCAGGCG